GGCUAAACGAUAGUCGGUUACCCACCGGAAGAUAGUGUUCCAGUAGUCAACGGACAUCGAGACCGUCGUUCGGACCCGCAACAAAACGAACAUACAUAUAAUACGUAUAUCGUCUCGGACACGAGUUCAGGCGCGAGAAGAAUCUGCGUUUACGCUUGUCCUUUAAAUUCUACUAUGCAUUUCUUUUUCGAUAAAUCGAUUCUCGAUAUUUAUACAUUUUAUUUAUAUUCGAUAAAUAAAAAUCGUUUGUAGAAAAACAGUUGGAAUCGAAAGUGACUCGAUAGAGAAGAUCGUAUGGUUGUUGGUCGAGAUAUCGUCGCAGCAUGGGUUAGGUCAGAGUACGCGGGGGACACGACGAGUAUUCGCGCCGAGGACACGCAUGCUGAGCAGACGAAGAGCAACGCGUAUGAAGAAGAUCACGCCACCAUGAGACCUUGGGCCAAUAAGUCCGUUUACCUCGGCCUCCUUGGCCUGCUCCUGAUCGUUUUCGGCACGUGUCUAUACUUGUUUUGCCCGACACUGUUUUAUUACAUUCUCCAGAAGGAAUUGCCGUUGACACCGACGUCGAAAGCGUUCGAGGUGUGGAACGAUACGAGCAGUCUACCGCCCAUGUAUUUAAAAAUUCAUUUUUUCAACUGGACCAAUCCGGAGGAAUUGACGAUUCGAGGGCAAAGGCCGAUUCUGAACCAAGUUGGCCCCUACGUGUUCCGGGAAAUCCGAGAAAAGGUGAACGUGACGUUUCAUCCAGAGAACCAAACGGUCAGCUAUUUUCUUCGACGAUGGUGGUUCUUUGAACCGGACUUGACCAAUGGCUCCUUGGACGACACCAUCACGCAAUUAAAUACCGUUGCGAUCUCCGCGAAGCACAAGGUACGAUACUGGGAGGAAGUGCUGCAAAGUUCUCUGUCGUUCAUGCUAUCCUCCUCGAAGGUGCACACCACGAAAACGGUGAACGAGCUGCUGUUCACCGGAUACGACGACCCGCUGAUCAAAUUAGGAAGAUUGAUGGGUAUGGGACUGGACGUACCGCCGUUUAACAAGUUUGGUUGGUUUUACAUGAGAAACGGCUCUACGAUGUUCGAUGGUCACUACAACAUGGACACGGGUGUCGGCGACAUAGGUGAAUUCGGUGUAUUGCGCAAGUGGAAUUACAAGGAUACGACCAAAUUCUUUAAGAGCCCGUGCAACGUCGUCGAAGGAAGCGCCGGGGAGUUUUGGCCACCGUAUCGGCAAAAAGACGAGAUCGUCCUGUUCAGCGGUGAUUUGUGCAGACCGUUAACGUACGAGUACGCGCAGACGACUUAUCACAUGGGCGUAAAGGGUUAUCGGUACGUUCUCGGCGAGAAAACGUUGGGCAACAACACACGGAGACGGUAUCCUCACGAACAGGCCAAGUACAUCGAGCAAACUACCACUACCGAAGACUUUUUCGAAGCCGAACACUCGGCAGAGGUGACGGAUUCGCCGGACACGGAUCCCGACGUUGUAAACGUAGGCAAUUGCUUUUGCAACGGGAAAUGCACUCCCGCGGGACUGAUGAACGUCAGCUCCUGCCGUUACGGCGCACCGGUGUUUGUCAGCUUGCCGCACUUCCACAAAGCGGAUCCUGGUCUCAAGGACAGGUUCCUAGGAUUGCAUCCUGACGAGGAACAACACGAUUUCUCCAUUACCCUGGAACCGACAACGGGCAUUCCCCUAAAAGUCUCGGCAAAUAUGCAGCUGAACGUGCUUCUGGAACCAUCAAAGACCGUGUCGCUUUUCAAACAGGUUCCGAGGAUCUACUUCCCGGUGAUGUGGUUCUCGUUGGAGGUCGAAGCUACCGAAGAGUUCGUCGACGACCUAAGAAAGUUGCUGUCGCUCUCGGACGUAUUCCUGUACGCCGGUGCGAUUCUGAUUCUCGCGGGAUUUCUCGUAAUCUUUGCGCUGGCGUUGCUCUAUCUAUUGAACAAGCAACAAACGGGAUCGAUGGUCGGUAGCAUCGUUCCUUUCGAUUUUUCCGCGCGAUGCUUUCGAUUCGUCACCACUGAUUCGAUGACAAUUUUACAGAAUGGAAAAUCGGCUACGAUAUCCUCGUCGACCGGCGACAAAUCAGAGUUGAUGUACGUGGACAAGAACGCGUGCAACGAGGACGGUAACGCGAGAAACGAUCGCAGGCUGUAUCAAAGUUCGAUCGAGUGUUUCAACAUGGAUCUGCAAUCGAAGCUUCAGCAUCGAAAGUAGAGAAAGAAAGCAGGCGAGAUUGAUCGAUCUCCAUCAACGAACGACUUGGACGCGAUGCGACGAUCGAUUCGGUACCCGAACAAACACGUUCAACGAGUCGUGGCCCAUUUCCUGAUAAACGUACGCGUUCCGAUCGACUUUACGGCGUUUCUUUCACGAUUCUCGAUUCGAAAACGCUCCUAGUUUACUACGAUCCAGGCCAAACCGAUCCCACGUUCGUAAACGUUAACGUUCUGCGAGAUAGAAUAACGAUCACCGAUAGAAGAAUAUAAUAUUGCGUUUUUUCUAGUUUAGAUUUAUCGAUUUCCAACGUAACGCGUUUCUGCGUUGCCUGAGCUCUGUGUAUGCCUAUGUCUGUGUCUGUGUGUAUGUGUGUGUAUGUGUGUGUGCGUUGCGCGCGCGUGUGUGUAACAAAAAAAUCGAUGAAAUUUAAGACUGACGAAAGCGACAAACCUAACGUACGAAGCUUUAAUUACUGUCUAUAGAUCGAAUGGUUACGAGGUGUGAACGAGUAUUCGUCGACGGGUAACUGGAAAACGGAAUCGGAUCAACUGAUACACUUCCACGAGCGAAAGUUGUCGUUUGACUCUUUGUUCGCUUCUCGCAACGAGCCAACUAGAGAAUACUUGAACGGGACCAACGAAACACGCGUUUCAAAUAGAUUUAAACAACGAAUUGCGUCGAUUGUAACGAGGUGCAGAGUUCUUUUUACCAGACACACUGCUGUCGGGUCAAAGAUUACCGUAAUAAUCGUCCACGUCAGCAAACUCUUGCUUCGAAACGUAUCAACGAUUGCGAUCAACACUUUUAAUAGUGCGACUAACGCGUUAAGAUUACCGCGUUCAGUAGGUAGAAUGUUCUAUUUGCAAUCUUACUUGCGAUUCGUUUCUUUUUAAGACUUGACGAAUGCCAGUGACGCGAUUACCGCUACGAAAAGACUAUGGUCGCUGGGAUUUGAUCGAGUGCUCUUAUUACGCAGCUACGUAUACUCCUAUUUCGUGUUUACGUUUAAACAUGAAAUACAAAAUACGGUCAAUGCUUGCGGUCAUCCUAAAAACGUACGAUUUUAUAUUGUAUUUUAAUAAUAAUUAUCUAUUAUUUUAUUAUACAUUUCCUUCCAUCUAAUUUUAUCGACGCCAACUUUCCAUUUCCACCAGUUUCAACCAAGACGGAGCAGGGUAACAUUUUUUUAAAUAUCUUC